AUGUAGCAAAAAUCCAUUAAUUUAGUGCAUAGAAGGUUCAAAUUUCCUGAAAUAGAGGGCUCCAACAAAUCAAAUCGCUCAAAAGGUUCACCAACAUCAAGCAGAAAUAAUACAAGUUAGGAGAGAGAUCUCUCAAUUGAUGGUGGAAAUUCAAUCUAAGUGUUUAAAAUACGAAAUCUUCAAGUUUCUGAAAGGAGUGAAACCCCAAAAUAAGAUAAAAUAUUUAGUAUGAGCAAGAGUACUCGACUCAGAAGUAGAUAAGAACAAAAUGAAGAUUAUACUGAACACAAUUAAUAGGAAUUGAUUUUGCCAAAAAUUUAUUCUCCCGUUAUAACUCCUAGUAAAACUGUUGUUUCCAAAAUGAAAGGAUCUAUAUUUAAACCCCUUCUAAAUAGACAAGAAAGUAUUGACCAUCUAAUAAAUAUCAAAUUAUAACCAAAAAUUCAUGAUUAAUUAAAAAAAGGAGUAAACAUUAAAUGCUUGUAUUUAUCAUAGCGAACAGAUGUCUAAAUAAAUAAAAUCAUUGUUUUGAAUUUUGAUAGUGUAUUGCUUAGAAAAAGAAAAUCUUUUUGGGAACAGCAAAAUGAGAUAACUAUGUGUUCGUAAAUCAUUGGAUCAAGAUGUGAUAAUUCUUAUUGCGCUUGUGUAUUAUCGAAAGAAUUGAAAUCUACAUUAUAUACAUUAUCAAAAUAAUUUUACAUAGUCUUUCUUUUUGAAUGUGCAAUCAGAGGCUAAGUGUGGCAAUAAUAUCUAAUUGAAAGUGGAUUCCCAAUCGAUGCUAUUUACAGCAUAUAGUAAAUAAGAUUAACUGGUGGGGGAAUUAAAAUGAAAUAAAUAAUUUCUAACUUUGGAAGUUCUGAUAUUAAACUGCUAUUAUAUUUUGGGACUAUUGAUUGUGAAUCCUAAUAACUCAAUAUUCCUUAAGAGUAAUUUUAUUACCAAAUUCCGAUUGUUUAAGCCAAAAUAAGUUUAUAAAUAUACUUGUUUUAAUUACUAAAAUCAAAAUCCUUAGAUUCUAAAUUAUUAUUUGAGAUUUGUAUGCUUAAUUGUAGUAGAUCUGAAAAUUUCAAUUUUAAAAGACAUAUUUCUGUAGAUAAUUAUGACCUAGGUCCAAUAAUAAAAAAAAUGAUUUAAUUGGAGGAAGAGGAUUUCAUCGAGAACCAUAUUUUCAAAAGCUUAAAAUAGGAUGAAGAAGAUAAAGUCCAAAUUUUAGAUGAGGAAGAGCAAGAAGAGGAUGUUGAUUAAAAAAAUGCCUUAUUGAUUUGGUUAUACCAAUCUAAAAAGUUGCUAUUAGAUUAUUUUAAAAGUCUAAAUAAUGAAGAUCAAACUUAAAAUCCAAUUAGCAUGAUAGGGGAUGUCUUGAGAAGAAAUUCAUCAAUCCAAUAGAAUUAUAUGUUAGAGGAUUAUGAGAAAUAGGCAAAUCGAUAUAAAUUGUACAAAGAACUAUAAGCCUAAACUAAAGCCUAAAAUAUUUGUAGAAAAUAAAUUUAAAUUGAUUGUCUAAUUAUCCAUGAUUGA